AUGAGCCUGGCUCCUGUUGAUGUCUGGAUCGAAUCGGUCACCGGUGAACGAUGGUCGGAACGAGUUCGACUAUUUGAAACGAUCGGUGAGCUGAAGAAACGCGUAUGGCGACGUAAAAGGAUCGUACCAAGCCGACAAGCGAUCGUAAGUACUUUUAGCGUUUAUUGA